GGGCGAUGUCGCGCCGGGCCCUGAGGCGGCUGCGAGGGGAGCAACGGGGUCAGGAGGGGCCGGGGCUGGGCCAGCUUGGCCUCGACCCCGGCUCCGAGUGCGCCCGUGAAGGGGGGCCGCCGCCAGCCCCCGGGAAGGGGCCUCGCGGGCCGCCCCGCGCCGGCGUCAGCAACCGCUUCGAGCUGAUCCCAGCUGAGGAGUCAGAGGAUGAGCUGCUGGCCGGAGAGGAGCGACCGGACACCCGGCUCAGCGAGGGGGACACGGCGGGAAGGAGCCAGGAGGGGAGCAAGGACAGGAGCAAGGAAGGGGCUGUGAUUGAGGAGACGGACGGAGAUGGGCACAGAGAGGGGCAGGAGGCCGGGCAGCCGGACCGAACGCCGGCAUCGAGUAACAAGCCACGGAAGAAAAAAAAGAAAAGGAAAACCAAGAAAAAUGCAGCAGGAGAGACUGUGGAAGACAACGACCUGGAAGACAUCGACAGCCUUUUGGAGAGGAUCGAGGACCCCGGGCUGGCCCCGCAGAGCCAGGGUGGGAUCAUCACUGACAGCCGGCCUCUGCUCUACGUGGAGCACAGAAACUUGAAUCCAGAGAAUGAGUUGAAGAGAUACUUCGGGGCUCGUGCUGUGCUUGGGGACCAGAGGCCAAGGCAGAGGCAGCGGCAGUACGUCCGCAGCAUGUGGCUGACGGCUCCCAAGAACACCUGGCCACGCUACAGUAAGACAGGUAUCACCAUGCAGCUGCUGGACACCCGGAGGGGGGUGCAGCACUUCACCUUCGAGCACCACCGUGAGUACCAGCAGGUCCAGUUCAAGUUCCUGGACGCUGUGGAGUCCAUGGACCCCAACAAUAUCGUGCUGCUGCUCCAGAUGAACCCCUACCACGUGGACUCCCUCCUGCAGCUCAGCGACGUGUGCCGGAUGCAGGAGGACCAGGAGAUGGCCCGGGAUCUCAUAGAGCGGGCGCUGUACAGCCUGGAAUGUGCCUUCCACCCCGUGUUCAGCCUCACCAGUGGGGCCUGCAGGCUGGACUACCGGCGGCCAGAGAACAGGGCUUUCUUCCUGGCUCUCUUCAAGCACCUGAUGUUCCUGGAGAAGAGGGGCUGUCCCCGCACAGCCCUGGAGUUCUGCAAGCUCAUCCUGAGCCUUGAUCCUGAGAAUGACCCGCUCUGUGUGCUGCUGCUGAUCGACUUCCUGUCCCUCCGGGCCAGGGAAUACACCUUCCUGACCCGCCUCUUCCAGGAGUGGGAGAGUCACCGGAAUCUGUCCCAGCUGCCCAAUUUUGCCUUCUCAGUGCCACUGGCCUAUUUCUUCCUGAGCCAGCAGGAAGAGCGCCCAGAGCUGGAGCGGAGCCAGGCCCGGGAGCGAGCAGCCCGGCUCAUCCAGCUCGCGCUCAUCAUGUUCCCAAGCGUUCUGAUGCCACUGUUGGAUCACUGCAGCGUGCAGCCCGAUGCCAGGGUCACCUCCCACCCCUUCUUCGGGCUGAAUGCCCAGAUCAGCCAGUCACCCGCCCUGAACCAGCUGACGUCCCUGUACGUGGGCAGGACGCACGCCCUGUGGAAGGACCCGGCUGUCAUGGCCUGGCUGGAGCCCCACGUCCACGAGGUUCUGCGCAUGGUGGAGGCCGGGGACGCGCUGGUGCAGGAGGCUGAGCACAAGAGGAAGAUCCGGUACCAGAGCGCUCCCAGGAACAUCUACCGGCACAUCAUCCUCUCGGAGAUGAAGGAGGCCACGGCAGCCCUGCCUCUGGAGGUGACCUCACAGCCAGUGAUGGGGUUUGACCCCCUCCCUCCUCUGGAUUCCAUUGUUUCCUACACCCGACCGGAAAGGACAAGCCACCCCUCCAACGAAAGCUCUUUAUCCCUCUUCUUCCGCUCACUGUUGCCAAAUUUUAACUUGCAGGGGGACAUCAGGCACAAUGGGGACGACGAGGCCGCAGCAGUGCAGGACCUCAACCAGGGGGUGAACAGGCUGAUGGCGGCCAUGCGGGACAUGCUGGCCAACAUCCAGUUCCAGGAGCCCCCCCGCGAUGACAAUCCUGAGGGCGACGGGGACUGGGACUGAGCCCAAGGUGUCUCUCCCCAAGACCUUCUGGCAUUGCCCCCAGAUUCGUGUCGCACUCCAAUAAAAUCACACAUGGACUCGC